GUUUUCUAUCCCCGGCUUUUUCAGUCGGUCACAAGCAUCCUCGAAGGGUAUAAGGAUUCUUCAAUCUCAAGUUGGACAGACGCUGAUACUUUACAAUCAUGCCAUUCGAAAAGGAAACACCGGACUCUUUGGACUAUUUCUUCUUCGACUGCCCUACGAAGGCGUUGAAAUUCAAAGUCAGAGCUCCCAGCGACGCCCAUCUAGCUGUCUCUGGCCAACAGAUGCAAACGAAUCCCAUGUUCGAGGUAUUCGUGGGCGGUUGGAAAAACUCGAAGGUUGCCUUUAGGAAAAACAGGGAAAAGCCAGAACUGUGCGAACUCGAACUCCCUGGAGUUCUGAGUGCUGACGAAUACCGGGAAUUCUGGCUUACCUAUUACCACCAGACGCUGGCCUUCGGGGCCGGCGACAACCCGACUCCGAUGCUCGUCUAUACCGACCCCGUCCUCGACACUCUUCCCUUCGUCGGAAUUCGAACAUCUUGGGGUGCCUCUGGCUCUUGGCACGUCGACAAUAAUUGGCCUGGUUGGAAAGUAGCUGAAUCUCAACCGGUCGGAUGGGUACCUCCUCCUGCAGAUGCUCCCCCUGCCACACCUGGGGGUGUCCCUGUGUGGAAGCCUUGUUCUGGAGGGACAUUGUUUCCUGAUGCAGUUGAAGGAGGAUUUGAUAAUGAAAAAACCUAUGUUGGACGCGCACUACACAAUGGAGCCACGAUUCCAGGAAAAGUACUUCCAUCGCAUGGUGUCUGUUAUGUAGCUUGGGGAGGAGAAGAACAUGGUAAAACAGAGUAUGAGGUCUUAACUGGGUGCUGUCCCAACUGGGUGCCAGCAACUGGUGAUCAAAUCCCGAUGAAUGCCUUGCAAGGAGGAGUUAGUGAAACAGGUGAACCGCUGUUUGUUGGCAGAGCUCAACACUUAGAUACUCUCACUGUUGGAAAAGUACAACCAAGUCACAAAGUGUGCUACAUUUCUUACGGUGGUGAAGAAAUUGCAAAAGAUACUUUUGAAGUACUCGUUCUCUAAACAGAAAAGGAAUCGAUGCUUUUCAGAAUAUAUAUGAAAAUCUUGAAGGCUAGAAAUUAAUGUUUAAUAAAUGAAUGAUUAAUUUAAGCACUUAUAUUCAUUUAUAUUUUAUUUGCAUUUAUUAAGCUUCAAAUGCUAGUUAACAAGUAAUUUAAUCAAAUGUAAAUUAAGAUAUUAAAAUAUGUUGUGUUGACCCAGUAAUUUUGUUUUUUUAAAUUAAAAUUUAUUCAUUUGUGAAUAACAAAUUUACUUUAUUCCUUUCAGAAGAAGAACUUAUUAAAUAUAUGUCAUUCUUAUUAGCACAUAUGCAAUGUUACAUAUUAGAUGAGUGAUUUAAUGAAAAAAUCACAAAUUUGCUGAAUUUGCUUUAACAACUAGCACUUAAUUAAUAAAGUCAAUUCAUGACUGUUUAGAAUUCAUUUUGGUAACAAAAAUUUGUCAGCAAUUUACAUAGCAUUUCGCAAGGAAAGUUUCAUACUUGUAACAUGUGUAAAUUUUAAUUUAUAUAAAGUAAUAUUGAAGGUAA